CGCGCACGAAGUUUGUUCUUUGUCAGACACAAAGACAAUAAUUCUAUCGACACCAGCCAAUGCCAAUUAGUGUGUUCAGUCAAGGUGUUUUGACGAGAAGGCCCUCAACACCAGAGGGACCAACAGGAUCUCAACUACGAAAGGAUUUUAAUAACACGUACACCAGUAAUGGUAAAAUGUCAGGGAAUCUCAUUGGCAAGGGUAGACUGGCGCCUCUCUGGCGGGAGCCAGGGCGCCCAUAGCGGAGUCUAGCCACAGCGAGCGAGAUCGCCGCCCGCCUUACGAAUCUUGUUCCAAACAAACGAAAUAGAGAGACUUAAUCUAUAUAGAUGCAAACGAACAUGUCUAUCCUUUUAAAAAAACUAUUAAUUAAUUAAAACGACAUGUUUUCUCAUAUCAGAGUAUUUGUGAUUACCAUCAUACUAUUAGAAUUUACAAGCACAGUACAAGCGAUCGGUAAAAGCAAUUCCGUUGAUAUCAAGAAGUCGCUAGAGGAACACCAAGGACAUUUACUGGUGAACAAGAGCAAAGCUAAUAGUGUACCGUUGAAAAUAGCGAAUGUCUCCCAAAUUGGAUACGAUCCGCCGAAGAAGAAGAAGAAAGACUCGCUGAGACCGAUCACAUUGGAACUGAUCCAAGAGUGGGCCAAAGAUAUAUCAAACAUAUUACAUGAAAACGAGAAUCUAACAGUACGGCGAGAUGAACUUUUAAAAGGAUUUUCUGAUAUAAAGAUCGAGGAGCGCAAUGGAACAGCUAUCGUGGAGAAGGCUGCUAAAGCUUUGGAGGAACUGCUAGAACGUCGUGGCAGAGUUGCGGAGUCGAUUAUGCGGAAGGCAGAAGAGUUGGCUGCUAAGAAGGAAGAUCCUCCUUCUAGUUAUGCCUUCAUCAGUAGUAUUAAAUUAGACGAAUUGAAGGAACUGACGCCUGACGAUGAGAAACCGGACGAGAAAGGGAAGCAGUGGGACAUGCCGCUGAAUUGUACCGACCGGCACAAAAUGCUUCUGAUGAAUAGCGCCCACUUUGACGCGAAAGUAUCUUUAGAACACAACAGCGUGCACGUUGCUACCGAGGUAUUCGAAUGUGAUUCUCGUGUGCUAAAUCACAUAUACUGGACGGAAGGUCUGGCAGACACUUUUCGUGACAACUACGCUAAAGAUGCCACAUUAGAUCUGCAGUACAUGUGCAGUGCCAAAGGUUUCAUGCGCCAUUAUCCUGCUGCACUAUGGUCAAGCAUGUACAAACUGAAGGUGGACGGCGAGGAACUAUACGACUGCCGCCUUCGCCCGUGGUACGUGAGUGCAGGGGGCGCGCCGCGUGACGUGCUUGUAUUGCUCGACGCGUCGGGCUCUAUGAGCAACUCCUCGAACCUCAUGAAGGCUGAGCAGUUCACACUAGCGCUGCUCAGCGCGCUCACAGACGAUGACCAAGUGAAUGUGCUGCGGUACAACGUAGUAGUAGAGUCGCCUAUCCCGUGCUUCAACGAAUCACUUGUGCCGGCCAACCACGUCAACUCAGCUGCAAUGAUGGCUGUCUUGCCGCAUCAGAACACAACGAACGAGACGUUGAUGGCGGAUGCAAUCCAUUACUCGAUGGAGUUUCUGAAGAGGCAGCGUGAGGCUCCAGGGAGACCGCCGUCCUGUCAGCAAGCCCUCGUCCUGGUCACCGACAGCCUCUACGACAAUUAUACUGACCUAAUGAGGUCGCUUGAUCCAGAAGGUUAUGUUAGGCUUUUCGUGCUGUGGUUACACGAUCGCUUCGGUUUGCGAGACGACACUCAAGUGUACGGGGAAUCGGUGAGCUGCGACAGGGACGGCUACUUCGCCGAGCUGAUCACGCAUGCUGACGUCACGGAGCAAGUGAUGAACAUCCUGCGCGUACUCGAGCGACCACUGGUGGCGCAACGGAAGCAUAGGCUGCGGGUUUACAGCGACGUCUACGCCAAUGUUGAGGACCCUCGUCGUAGCGAGUAUUACUGGCAACAGAAGGAAAACGCCGAGCAGGUGUACCGCUAUGCGGAACUGAGACGUAACAAGGAUCAGUUUUUGGCGACUACCCGCCAAUACGGAGAUUAUCUGCAUAUGCGAAAACUGGAAAAAUAUGGCCAAUAUUACGAAGGCGAAGAAAUAAACUAUAGGCUACAAGUCAGCGUUUCAGUUCCCGUUUUUGACAGCACCACUGUUGAAAAUAUUACAAUAACAUUAGAUGAAGAAAAACAAAGGAACGCCACAAGAACGUAUCCCGUGAACCGACUGCUGGGUGUAGCAGGAGUUGACAUACCCCUUGACCAUCUCAAGCUGAUCCUACCUUACCAUUUGGUUGGAGCCGGUGGAUCCUUAUUCAUCAUUGAUCAUCGCGGUAAUAUCGUAAUCCACAAUAACGCCAAGCCAGUCUUUGACGGCGAUAUACUGAGGCCUGGAUACCGCACUGUCGACUUCUUAGACGUGGAACAACCGGCCAAAGAUCAUUAUCCGAGACACUAUCCACCGGAAUGGCUAGAGUUCAGAAAUAGCGUAGUUAUCGAGCAGCCAGAUGGCCAUAGAACAAUGGAGGCGAAAAGUAUUUUUGAAGGGGGAAUGCGAGUGAUACUAGAGAAGAAGGACUAUUUCUGGAAGCGGGUUAUGGAACAAUAUACCGUGCUGGCGUCGCUACCGAAGUACACCACCAAGCACGCAGUUCCUGAUAAAGCUUUCACGCAAAAGUUGGGAGAAGAGGCGUGGAAGGCUUUGAAUUCUACUGACUUUUCUGUGCAUCCAGAUUGGUUGUAUUGCCGACACGUGGAUCCGCACUUCAAGGAUCGAAAGGAUGAGAUAAUGCAUUUCAUCGAGCGACGCAAAAAUGAGCCUAAAUUUGCUAUGAGAAAAAUAACUCAUUUAUUUUCACCCAUCAAGCCCACUGCGAGGGAGCAAAGUUAUCAAUGCAACGAAGAACUGAUGGCGCGAUUAAGUAAAGAAGCUGUGGCUACAUAUCGAUGGAUGCAGAACGAAAAUGCUGAAGAAACUUGUUCUGACUGCAAGCUGGGUUCUAAUAUAGCCUUCUUUGCUAGCGAGAGCGGGCUGAUGCGCUGGCAGCUGUUCCGCGCGACGAGCCGGCACGCGCAGCCGCCCGACACCAACGAGUGGGCGCACGGGCCCACCGAGCCGUGGUACCGGCGCGCGGCCGCCGCGCCCUCCCGCCUCGUGGUGCACGCGCCUGUCGCACCGGUGCGCGUCAUGCGCAACAGCGACUUGGCGCCGCCGCCUCUAGGAGAGAAGUGGUACUGGCUGACGGCGGCGCGCGCGCUGUCGCACCCUGACAAGGGCUUCCUCGGCGUGGCCGGCUACCACUUCUACCCGCAGCACUUGCGUGACGUUCUCAACAGCUACACCAACUUCCCUUGUCCUGAAGAAGAAGAGGAUAUCUGCGAGCCACAUUGCGACGGUGUCAUUUGGACGUGUCUCUUGAUCGACGAUGGAGGAUGGAUAGUGUCCACCAACGGCGUGAAAGAGGAAACAGAGGACGAACGUCUCAGAGAACAUCUCGCAAACGCAUACCCAGCGGCCAUGUCGGCUUUGCUCAACGCUAAUAUUUUCAAAAUACGUUGGGUACACGACUAUCAGGCUGUCUGCUUCCCGCCUGUGAUUGAAACUCUGAAAUCUGCGGCACCGUUGUUAUCUUCAGUAUUGCGGUCAAUGUGGACAUCAGUACAACUACUUGUACAUAUCAGCAGGGAGGUUUUUACGCUUAUCACCAUAUUGACAUCCUGUGGUCUCGCGCGUGGCGAGACUGAGGCAGAGAAGGAGAAGCGUCGCAAGUACAUCCGCGAGCAGUACGAGAGAGAGAAGUACGAGCGGCUGUACGACCCGCGCGUGCUCGUCAACCGGACGCGCUUCGCGGCGUGCGACCGCUCGCGGGCGCUCUAUGAGUUCCAGCGUACUCCGAAGUCGUUGGAGCUGUUACGCCGGACCCCGAACCCGUGCAAGUGGCCGCUGAUCGGCACCGAGGUGCCGGGCACCAACCUGCUGCUGCUCGCCGUCUACACCAACUGCAGCAACACCGGGAAGCCGGUCAACAAUCCGUUUUAUAAUCAACUGGUGACGAUGGACGACGGCGACGAAGGGCGCGUGCGCAUGGCGGCGCGCCUCGCGUGCUGGCGCAACCGCGUGCCGCUGCCGGCGCGCGCGCCGCACACGGCCUGCUACCCGCACGACUACUCCACGGAAGCAGGCUACAGACAAUGCGGUCCCUGGCUGCCAGACCCUGACAUAGCCAGUGACGUCCAACUCUCAAAUCUUCUUCUAUUCAUUGUUAUUCUUAAUUUAUUAAUCAAUAUUACCAUCUAAAUUAGACAAUGUAAAGAAAGAAAAAAGCAUUUAUUUUAAAACUAGCGGACGCCCGCGACUUCGUCCGCUCGUAGACCUCUUUAAUCCAGUAAUAUUGCUGUGAAAUGGAGUAACUUCUCCCGUUUUCCCAACAUUUCCCUUUACUGCUCCUAUUGAUCGUAGCGUGAUGAAAAGUUUACUAUAACCUGUCCAGGAGAUUGAAGAACAAUGGUACCAAGUUUCGUUAAAAUCCGUCGAGUAGUUUUUGUUUCUAUAACGAACAUACAUACAGACAGACAAAAAUUUUACUGAUUGCAUUUUUGGCAUCAAUAUCGAUCACUAAUUACCCUCUGAUAAUUAUUUUGGAAAUAUAUUUCAUGCAUCGAUAUAAAUUGUUAGAUGGGCCCCUCCAUAUUAAAGAACGCACGAUGUUAUGUCAUUAAUCAAAGACGUGCACGCACAUCUUAACUUAGUAUGCAACAAGCGCAUGCUGUGACUUAAAAAAUAUUUUACUGUUUUUUUUCUUGUUUAAUCCCUUAAUUAUGUCUUCGUGAUCACUUUGGAAGUGUUAAAACACAAGCCGCAACAUGAAUAUAAUGAGAAAGUUGUUACUUUCAUUCGUAAGUAUUUGCGAAACCAACGACAAUUCCGUAACGCUUCGGGGCCCAUCUAAUGAUCUACGAUCGAUGAUUUCAUGUACAGAAUUGACCUCUCUACAGAUUUAUUAUAAGUAUAGAUAUAGAAGAUUGUGACACACAUAAUGCCUUAGCAAUAUUGUAGCGUCUGAUAAGUAGCUAGAACACAUGGACAAGUCAAAAUAAUAUCCAAGAUCUGAUUUACUUAAGUUAGCUAUACAUGAGCUAUAUAGAUGAGUUACGAAAUAAAACAAUACAACAU